UAAGUGCUGCCUUCAUGGCCGGGUACCACUGGCCGAAUUGUCACCCAAUAGGCAUGAUGAGUCCCCAUUUGUGUUUGAUUUUCAAGUACUAUCAGGAACCCACCGCCAAAAAUGGCUAUGCUUAGCCUCCUCUCAAUGGUCCUCCGGGUCGCAGAGCUUGUCUUCGCCUGCAUCGUUGCCGGUGUUAACGGCGCCUAUCUUCAUGCCGUCGAAAAUACCAGCUCCUGGGAUCAAGCUCGUUUUAUAUUCGCCGAAGUCGUUGCCGGUCUUUCCAUCCUCCUCGCCAUUAUCUGGCUAUUCCCCUUCUCGGGUAGCUUUGUCCAUUGGCCCGUCGACCUCGUUAUUUCCAUUUGUUGGUUCGUCGCAUUCGGUCUGAUCGUCAGACUUCUUGAUGGCGCUUGCGGUUCAGCUUUCGAUUGGGAGGGCAUCAAAUUCCGUGGUGUCAGCCAGUGCGGUAACUGGAAGGCCAUCAUCGCUUUCUCGUUCCUGUCGGCCAUUUGUUGGUUGGUCAGCGCCAUCAUUGGGUUCAUGUGGGUACGCGACCACGAUAGGACUUACCGCCGCCGCACAUAUGGCCGCACCAGCCGGGUCUAAAUAUCGUCAACCAUGGCACGAACACCGACCGACAUGUGACAAGCUUGUCCACGACAUGAACCAAUUAUCGUCACACGACCUGAGAUGCUCCUGAUUCACUCUUGUCGGUUUACGAAUUCAUGCAGCCCAUUUUCUUGAGUGAAUUUGGACAUCCGAAGACAGCGGAUAAUUGUUUUACGACACGGGGAAUUUGGAAAUGAUUGAAAGCCUUUUCUUGAAAGCAUGGGGGAUUGUGAUACCAUUCUCAUGCAACUUGCUGAAUUUAUGAAUAUUGAUACCCGCUGUUGCGAAAUACCUACUAAUUUAUCCAGACAUCUCUCUUUUAUAAUAUGACCUAUCAUACCUAAGUUAAAAUACGAUGGAAGCUUUUACGAAUU